AUGUACAAGAACAUCUCGCAAGACGAAGAUGUGAAACAUGCGAAACCUGGUGGUCUUAUGAGAUACUUGUGUUGCGGUGGUAGAGCUACUUGCGGAAAGACUUGUGGGAUCCUAUGUUGUCUUCUCCUCUUGAUCAUUGCCGGAAUUGUUGCUGCCGUCUUACUGUGGGCUCGUCCUCCUGAAGUCACUUUUCUGGGGGUCGAACCUUCCACCACCCUCGCUCCUUACGUCGUUACCUCUGCAGGUUUCGACUUUAACUUUAAUCUUGUAAUUCAAGUGGACAAUCCAAACAUUGUUGGCGCAACCUUCUCAAUGAUUAAGGCUGUGGCAUUCUAUCCGGGUCAUCAGGACCCGAUUGGCGGUGGAAAUUUAACCGACGUUAAAAUUCCUGGAAAGGCAAACACCACGAUACACUUUCCAUUCUCAAUAGAUUAUAGUUCAAAAAUUGAUCCAGACUAUACAAUUCUGACGGAUAUCGCAAAGAAAUGUGGUCUUAUUGGUAACAACAAGACCAAAUUGGAAAUCGACUAUACCUUAACUUUAUCCGUAAAAGUUUUGUUGAUUUCCAUCAGCCCGAGCUUCAACAAGAAUGCAUUCUUUGACUGUCCAAUUCAA